GGAAAUCCCAGCAGACCUGUGCUGGCUGUGCAGCACUCUGGACCUCCACGCCGCUGGCAUGCAGACCCACCUGUAGACACGCAGGAUGUUUAACUGGGUGGUGAAAGUCGUCCCCCAACUCCCUGAAGCUCCUGAAGCCGAUGACGCUGCUAAUUCCACAGGGAAGCGUCCGCAGAAUAACGCUGACGAGAAUUCAGAGGACAGCCAGGCCCAGACUGGCGUUUUGGGCUGGCUGUCCAACGGGUUCCUCAGCGCUCUGCCUCAACCUUCUAGUUCUCCUGGACUCAGCCGGUCCAACUCUGAGGCCCGGUCAAGAGAGAAUGGAGAAAGGUCUGGAGUGAUGGGCUGGGUCGCUCAGGGUCUGACCAAGGUGUUGCCUCAGCCCGACGACAAGAACAGAGAGAUCGACAACGAUGAGGAGCACACCGAGAUCCAUGAAGUUGCAACAAUGCCAGAUGUUGAUCCUCUCCCACACAUCCCAGUGGUGGAGAUUGUGUCGGAUGAGAAGUCGGAGGUAGAGACUCCUCAGUUCUCUCCAGACGUGGUGAACUGGAUAAAGCCGAUUAUCCCUCAGUCCAUUAUACUGCCCCCUGGUGUUGUACCCAGUGAACCACCAACCAAGGCAUCCCGUUCCUCUCUUGACAAAGUUUUAUCUCCACCAUCCGAGUCUCUCAGUGGAAUCUCACUGGACACUGACAGCAAGGCCUCCGCUGUGGUUGGCUGGUUCGUGUCAGGGCUCGGCCUGAAGAUGCCUCAGCCCGCACUUCCUUCCAAAGAUAAUGCUGAGGGUGCCGCUGAAGUUUUACAGAAAGCUUCAAUCAAACUCACACCUGACAUGGUACUAGAAGACGUGGACUCGGACCACGAGGACCAGCAGAAACACAAAGACGGGUCCACGUCCCUCACUGCACCAUCACAGACGGAGAACCAGCAGCAGACUCAGUCCAACCCGGAGCCGGAGCCGUCAGAGAGCGGAGGAAGAUCUCAAAAAGACGCCGAGACCCAGACGGACCGCUGGACGCAGUUCAUCGAAAACAUCAAGAAGGAGGCUGAAGGUGUUGCUAUGGCUACCAUGGAGGAACGUCUGCUGCAGGAGCGCAUCGAGAUGACACGUGUGGCUGAAGAGGUGGCCAGAGAGGCAGCUGAGGCCAUUAGACAGAUGGCCAGUGAGAGGCAGUCCAUUGGUCUCUCCCUGGGGAGUAAAGAGCUGCUGCAGGAGGAGCCUGAAGAAGAACUGCCAGAGCCACAAGAAGAGGAGAGCAACCUGGACCACUGUAAAGUCACAGAGUAAGGAUGCACAAGUCUAUAGGACCUCGACUCCGCUAGUCCAGAAUGUGUAACAUGUUGCUCUUGUGCUCUGCCUAAUACUUAAGAGUGUAAUAUUAAUGUUUAUAAAUAUAUAUAUUUACAGAGUUCUGAACUUAGAAAAGAUUGUGAUGACUUGAUUACAACAAAAACAUAGAAGCUGCAUUUAUUGUUGCAACUAGUGGAGGUAGAGUGGAUUUAAAUAACUUUAUAUAGUGCUGGUGCAUCAAACUGGAACAAUGCAUCGUCAAUAAGAUGAUCAUGUUCCACUGUUGCACAGUUUGUUCUGUACUGCACUGUUUGUUUUGUUUGUUCUGUAUUGUAUUGUGUUGUGUUGAAAUGUAUAUUUUGUGUAAGCACUGAGAGACACUUUACCUAGUCAAAUUCCUUGUUUGUGCAAACUUACUUGGCCAAUAAAACUGAUUCUGAUUCUGA